AUGCAUCUGUGUAAACACCGAGGGGAUGACAUUCAUCCGCAGAACCCGAAAGUCCCUGUUGUGGCCGUCACAAUUGUUCUCAUAAUUCUCAUUUUAAUCUCUGUACUUGGAAACUUACUGGUAUGCGUUGCAUUCUACAUUCAACCGCAACUUCGUAGACUUAUGUACUUCCCAGUGCUCAGUUUAGCAAUAGCUGACGUCAUGUGUGGCCUGUUAGCUAUGCCGGCGUAUUUAGCGAAAAAACACGUUUUUGGUGGAGACAAAGAAAUGAUUGUUUGUGACAUCGCGUUUUUCCUAUUUUGUCACGGAAUACGCAUCAAUUUUAGUCUUGCAAUUGUUAGCGUAGAUCGUUCUUUGGCUAUCUUGAAACCUUUACAUAUGAAACAUAUGUUAACGUCAGAAAAAGUAGGAUCUUUUCACCGAAGGAACAGCUCUGUUCGAACUGAGGCUUGGGCAAUUGAACGUAAAGCUACUGUUGGUUUAUUGAUUGUGAUUGGAUUGUUUAUAAUUUGCUGGAGUCCUUCGUCAUUAUAUUACUUUAUGCAGAAUGUAAACCCUGACUAUUUUGCCGGAACAUUUGGGGAGUAUCAGGAGAUUUAUAAUGCCGUGGUAAAGAUCAUGACGUUUGCGAACAGUUGUUUUAAUCCACUGGUUUACUCUUGGAUGAACCGAGAUUUCAGGUGCGCCUUUUUGCGGGUUUUGAACAGGGAAAGAUACAGAAAGGCUGUCGAAAGAAGUGCAUUUAACACGGCUAGCCGUCACGAAUUGGUUACUGUACAUGUAAAUUGUAAAGCAAUAGAAGAAUAAUAACAAAGAUUAACCUGCAAAGUUGGCUUACAUAUAAGUCUUUACCAACUUUACCUUUCCGUACGGGACUUUCUAAGAUUUGGAUGCAAGCUGGCGGCUUAUUUCUAUUUUUCAUUUCUCAUAACAGAUAUACCUUAACAUCGCUUGUAACCUAACUAAGUUGAGUGAGCACGCACAUCACGAUAAAGCCAAUCGCAGUUUCUGUACCAAUAUAACCAAAAUUCCCGCAUUUUAUUGCUCUAUAUCGUUGUUUUUUUUAUAAAAAUUUAAUGCUUUACUAAAAAUGUUUCUGUUAACUUUUCCAAUGGGUUGAAUGGAAAUAUAAAUGAAGAAAUCACGUCACGCCGUCUAUAAAGCUACUAAGAGACGCAGGCAGUGGACGGGAAAAUGAAGUUUAAGUUGUAGCCUAAACUUAUCAUUUAAGGGGAAACUACUUGAGUCUACUUUUGAACGCAAGGAAAUGCUUGCAAUCGACAAAUAUGUAAUGUUAUUUGCGAUCGUAUACAUCAAUGCGUUUCCCAACUUAACUCUGAAGAAUGUGAAAGAUUGUGUAUAUAUUAUUAAUUAACUACUGUAAGAAAAAUUGUAGAGCAAGUUAUUUUAGAGACUUACUACCAUUGAAGAGCUUUAAUAAAACGCAAACCAUAAA